AUGACCAUUCCAGACUUCCAACCUAAUCGUUCUUCUGCAAAUUCCACUAUAGACAACUCUGUUGAAAACAGAUCUCAAAAAAAGAUCUAUCGUCAUGAUGCUCCUUGGCCAAUCUAUGCACUCGAUUGGAGUAAUGUACCAACUGAACAAGAAGCAUUUCGAUUAGCAAUGGGCAGUUUUGUUGAAGACAGCACCAAUAAAGUAUUAUUACUAUUAUUUGAUUAUGGUGAAAAAGACUUUAUACCCCUGGCAGAAGCUGACUCACGCUAUCCAGUUACUAAAGUACUCUGGGAGCCAUGGAAGGAUAACAAAGGGCGACAAUCAGAUCAUAUAAUGUCUUCUUCAGACAAUCUCAGGCUGUGGGAGUUGACCGAAAAUAUUCUCUACAAUCAAAAUACGAGCAGUACUAUUGGUGAAUUUAGUGCACCAAUCACUUCUUUUGACUGGAAUGAAUUGGACCCUAACAUUAUUGUCACCUCCAGUAUUGACACUACAUGUACCGUGUGGAACGUAGAAACCUGCCAGGCAAAAACCCAACUUAUUGCUCAUGACAGAGAUGUAUAUGACGUUGCGUUUAUGCAUGGUUCAGCAGAUGUAUUUGCUAGUGUAGGUGCAGAUGGAUCUGUACGACUAUUUGACAUGCGAGCAUUAAAUCAUUCAACAAUUAUCUAUGAAGCACCUCUUGUACCUGAUGGGUCACAGCCUUUGCUUAGGAUCCAAUUCAAUCGAAUUAAUUCAAACCUUUUGGCCACAUUUCACAUGGACUCAAAUGAUGUUCAGAUCCUGGACAUCCGUUAUCCAACCGUACCUAUUGCCGAACUCACUCGCAGGCACAAAAGAAGUGUCAAUUGUUUUGGGUGGGCACCACACGACGCAAAACACAUUUGUACAGGAGGUGAUGAUUCACAAGUAUUGGUAUGGGAUACUCGAUCUACUAUCAAAACACCAAUUGGCGAAAAUAGUAGUAUGGAAAGACCCAUUCCACAUAUAAUCCAGGACCCUGUUUUGGCAUACACCGCAGAGUCGGCAGUUCAUUCCCUGAGUUGGAGUCAAAGUAUGCCAGCCUGGAUUGCGGUUGGAUUUGGCCGUACCAUUCAGGCUCUUUUGGUAUAA